UUUUCAUAACUUCAUUAGUCCCGACGAUUCGAAACAAUUGAGUUAACGAUCUUUUCCACUUAAACAUGGAACUUGAGAAUAAAGAUAAAUACAAGCUAAAAAAUGUUUCUGACGCCAAAAAAGAAUCUUCGUUUUCAUUUAUGGAACUUUACGCCACAUUUGUGGCCGCGUUUUCAUUUUUGUGCAUCGGUCUACUCAGGGCUUACACGUCGCCAGCCAUUGCUUCCAUGAAAAAUGAUCCAGAUAUCUUUAACACAACGACAAUUUCGGAGAAAGAAGUAAUUUCCUGGACGGCAUCGUCUCCUCCGUUGGCGUCCUUCAUUGGAACAGUAAUUUCAGGACCUUUUCUCCAAUUUUGUGGGCGUCAGAAGACAAUCUUUCUCCUCACUUUGCCCCUAAUUACUGGUUGGGCUCUUAUCGGGUUCGCCCAAAAUGUGUGGAUGCUAUUGUUGGGUAGAAUUCUGACGGGACUUGCGGCAGGGAUAUCAACGGCUGGGGCUCAACUGUAUGUGUCAGAGUGCGUCAGGCCGGAAGUUCGUGGGACACUAGGAUUUUUACCCUCGAUGAUGCUGGCACUUGGAAUGCUGCUUGGCUUUGCAGCGUCAACAAUUAACGUGGAAUGGCGAGAACUUGCCCUCAUAAUGUCUUCAUUUCCGAUCGUUCUACUCGUCAUGUCUCUCACGGUACCAGAAUCCCCGCCUUGGUUGAUAAUGAGAGGAGAUAUUGUACAAGCGACUGUCAACUUGACGAAAUUUCGAGGUCCCACGGUCGAGAAGGAGGAAAUCGCAGACGAAGUCGAAGCUCUAAGAGACGCCGUAAAUAAGGAAAACCGAAAUCGGAGAGCUUCUCGUAUGAGCAUUGUUUCUGUGACUUCCGCAGCAGUGGUCAGUUUUGGGAAAAAAGUUUCAAAUUUCAUCACCCUGUUGAAAAAACGGCAAAUCUGGCUCCCAGCUUUUAUAGCAGUGGCUCUCAUGAUGUUUCAACAAUUAAUUGGGGCAAACUUUGUUAUCUACUUUCUCUCCAUAAUCUUGACUGAUGCGGAGCCAAGGAUUCUAAAAACCAUGAAAAUUCUGGGAACACAAACCAAUUUAACGCUACAACAACUCGGCGAUGGUAAUGACCUUGACGAGAAAUCGUACCACGUGCUAAAUCACAACGUUGGAUCAGUUAUCGUCGCAACUGUACAAUUUUUAGCAUUUUUUCUAUCACUGCCAUUAAUUGAUCGAUUAGGGCGGAAAAUCCUGCUCAUCAUCUCAGCAAAUCUGAUGGCCUUAUCAUUGGGAAUAUUUGGACUGUACUUUUAUUGCAAUGCUUAUGCUGCUCCCUUGUCGUCGAAUGGAGUAGAAGGUGCUGAUUCUCUUGGAAAUAUUGUAAUUAUGACCUAUUCAUGGCUCCCACUUACCUGUCUCUCCGUCUUCAUCGCGUCGUACUCCGUUGGGUUUGGACCUGUUCCGUUUAUCAUCAUGUCGGAAAUAUUUCCAGCCCAGGCUCGCAGUUAUUUGUGCUCAUUGACCUCGUUUGCGAACCAUUUUUUCCUCUUUGUGGUUAUCAAGCUGUACCCCACGAUGACGGAGAGCAUUGGUAGUCACGGAACAUUUUUCGUCUGUGCAGCGAUAUCCAUGCUGUCCAUGUUGCUGGUGAUAUUCGUGCUUCCAGAAACGAAAGGGAAAACAUUGACCGAGAUAGAAGGUGCGUUUACGAAAGAAUCGAAACCUUUAUUGCUAGACCGGAGAGAUAGUUAUGCUGUGGGAUUGCCGUAAUUUACUUUAAGUUGUUAAUUGCUGUGCAUGUAUUUCCUGAUCACUCCCUGUAUAGCGAGACAAUGUAAAUAAAUCACCAACAUGUAUGUAUUAAUA